AUGAUGAUUCGUCUGAAUAAUUUUUUGUGCGUGUUCAAUUUACGACAAGGCACAAUUCUUAUUGCCGUCCAUCAAAUCGCGCUCUCGUCAUUCCUGUUAAUAAUAUUGUUAGUUGGCAUAUCCCAUGUCGGAGCCAUGCUGUCUAUGUUACACAACGACAUGGAAGAUGACGCUGACAGACGCGGUUUGUACGAAGUGGAACAUUAUCAUGAUGGGGACGUGAUAAGCACUAACAAUCAACGUAGAUUUGCCAAAGCACAACAUCUAGCAUCAGUAACGGUAAUGUUUCUUUAUACGAGUACGAUCCUGACAUCUAUAUACUUGAUGUGCUGCAUCUCUUUACUCCACGGGGCUGUGAAGUAUAAACGCGAAUAUGUGCUGCCGUGGAUAAUGGCAGCGUGCAUUGGCGUUGUUUUGCUGAUAAUAGUAAUAGUUAUCGGUGACGGCUACCCCUGUCUCGUCAACCACUUUGGAGGGCACAAUCUUUACCAUUUCAGUUGUGCACUUGUUGUAUUAACAUACGUCUACGCAAUAUGUGCUGUGAGUAGUUUCGCGUUGGAGACAGGUAGCGGUCGGUGUUCUCGAGCCUCCCGCGCCGCUAGCGACGAAAGAGGCGAACGCCUGCUGCUGCUCGAUCACGUCGCCCAUUCUAGUUUGCUGUCCACCGCACAACUGAACAAACUAAACAGUGGCACACGGUCGCACUUCGUGUAA